AUGGCCGGGCCAUACUCGUCGGUUCAACUGACUCAAGUCAAACGAGUCGAGUCACAAUCGGCCAGAGAAGCCAGGUUUAGUACACACCGCGGCCUAAUCAAGCAACUCUACGUCGAAAAUGAUAUGCCCCUGAGGGAUCUCAUGGAACACAUGAAGGUUGAAUACGGCUUUAAUCAAACCAUGAAACCAUGGAAGACCCAGCUGAAUGCCUGGGGCUAUAAGCAUCAUCUAACCGUCAAGGACGCGGCCCAUAUCUUAAGGUGUCUGGACCAAGCGCCCUUGCUGGGAUACCAAGAUGCUGUCCUGUUCUCGGGAAAGCUCAAGACCAGACAGCACAUCACCAAAUACAUCCAGAGAUCCAGAGACAUUACCAGUGAGCUCGAUUUGCUAUCUAGGAUACCAAAGGAAGAACCGACCCCGGAGCACAUCAAGUAUUUGCCAGUGGCCCACACUCCCCCAUUAAGCGGUUCACCAGGUUCACUAAUCGCUCCUACUGGCUCCGCAGAGAUAUCUCCAAUGAUCAAGCCAAUGCCGUCUCCCUUGAGUACACCUCGGUCGUCUCAGGAAUUUCUCGUGAGACCAGGGUUCCAAGGAGGAGGGCUAGGUCCGAACCAGUAUAUCACACAUUAUGACCACCUUCAAAAUAACGUAAGCUUCGACAGAGUGGGCCAAAAUCAUGACAAUGGAGCAGAGCAGCAAGCCAUCCCAGGCUUGGUCAUGCCGUUUAAACUGCCAGACAGGGAACCGCGACUCCCGGCCGGGCGAUCCACUACUGAGCAAUUGUAUGCAAAACUUCCCCGAGAUGUCACAGUGGCUGCUCUGUCCGCGGAUCCCAUUGAUCUGAGCAAGCUGGGCAUUACUCCUACCGACGAGCGACAUGGUCUCGGCUUCGACAUCCUGGGUCGUGGUGACUAUACUCGGUGUCCCUUGGUCAACGAUAACAAUAGUUACGCAGCGCUGUUUGUCGAUAACUGCUUGUAUUGGUGUUAUUGCGUGGGUCAAGAGAAUCCUCGGUUCCAGGAGCAUGCACAGUACCAUCUUCAGACUGCAAGGUCUUAUUUUGUCUGCAUGCUCCAAGAUACCAAAUCGCCAGGAGAAGACUGCCUCGCCGCACUGAGUGUGAUGACGACAUUAUUCGAUUGCCUCGGUCAUACGCAAAGGCUUUCGACAAUAUUGACAGUGUGCGACCAGGAUACCAGACGGCAUUCUGGUGCUAACAAUCCUUUGACAAAGACCAUCGCCUUCAAGAAGAGCUUUCUCGAUCGUCGUCAACGUGGAGAGCGCCCUAAGCAUGACCUGAAGCAGCUUAAGGAUAUAUGUGAAGAGACCAAGAAGUUUUAUCCCAACAGCCUUGGCCCAGCAUUGACCGCGAGGUACAAUUGGGCUUGGGCGAUGUUAGAGAUGAGACAUCUCAAAGAGGCCCAGCGUCAACUGAAGACAAUAGCUGCCGAGAGUCGGGCUCAUUUCGGAGUAGACCAUAUCCAGACCAUCAUGUCUGCGGCCACGUUGGCUCGUGCGACAUUGUAUUGUGGUGAUACUGAGGCAGCAAGGCGCAUCAUUGUGAAUGAUGUCUGCCCCAGCGUUCGCAGGAAUUUUCCGAGAGACCACCCUUAUACCUGGGAGGCGAACCACCGCCAGGCGAUCUUUUUAGAGAUGCUUGCAAAAGACGCCGAUGAAAAUUCUCGCUACGAGUACCUGUGGACUGCCGAGGAGCUUUUGCGUGAAGUGGUGAUCGAGAGACAUCGCGUGUUGGGAGAUUCCAAUCCGAAGUCUGUACACUCGUUUCGCUUGCUCAAAAACAUCCUGGAGCAGCAGGGCAAAUCAAAAGAUGCUGCAAACUUAUGGGCAUGGUGUCAGUACAAGUUGUCUCUGCGUGAGCGAGCAUAG